CCUUCCCUACAACCCUAGUCACUUUUGGGGACUACAAAUUCAUUCUCACCCUCCCUCACUUCUUCCCAUGCCAAUGCCUUCCACUCUCUCCCCCUCACACACCUCUUCUUCCUCUCUCACUCUCGCAUAACACAACAAACACUCUCUUCCCCUCUUAAUUCCCACCUUUGAACAUGACUACAAUUGUCUGCCACGAGUCAAGAGCACUCAAACUCUGGCUCCCUUCCUCAAAGCCAACCCCUCCCCAAUUCAUCGACUUAGCCUUCAAAUCCUGCUUAUGGGAUUCGAAUCAAGCCACCACCAAGCCCCACAUCGAAGAAAACAAGCCCACGCCCUCAACCUGGAGCUUUAUAGAAGCACUCUCCAACUGCGCGAAAGAACCAUCGCAAAACCAGACCACCUACGUGCACUCUCAGCAGAAACGCUCCUCGCCCCUCCUUGGCCCAAAGAGCCUCGAACUCUGCACCGAAAACCUCGGUAACGAAACCGGCACUGACAUUGCCCAAAACAGCAUUGAAAAUGACAUCCUCUCUUCGGUCACACGGGAACAAGAACAAAUUCAGCCUCGUCAAUUUUCAACACCCAAGAAAGCCAAAACCCAGAAUUUUCCACCCCCUUUGACAACGAUUAGGGGAUCAGAAUCUCUUCGCGUGAGACCCCACCGCGAAGAUGGAAGGUUAGUGAUUGAGGUCACCAAGGUCCCACCUAGUGUCUCGUGCUUUCAAGCUCAAAGAAGCCAUGGCCGCCUUCGCCUCUGCUUUUUGACAAAUCCAAAUUUUGACUCCCGAGAAGAAGAUGAUGACUUUGAUGAAAACGAACCCUUAUCCAAUGAAAGUGAAUUAACUGAACAAAUAAAAGAAGACGAGGAAACAGGGGAGGAACAAGAAGAAGAAGAAUGUGUUGCAUGUGGGUGCGAAGAGAGUAAUAAUUUUUAUAUGCCGAGAAGGUGCAAAGAAAGCGGUGAGCACGAGAACAAUGAAUAUUUGUUGUUAAAUUGGGGUGACUCACUUUGUGUGGCUACUUCCUAAAGCUAACUAGCUAGCUGCUACUACUACCUCUGAGAUUUUUGUAUCUCUAUUAAUAAAAAAUUUACAUUUGUCCUU